AUGAUGCUGGCCUUCGACACGCCGCAGCCGAUCACGACGAUCGGUCGUCGGAACCAAUCGAACGUGCCCGCCCAGUCGUUGAUAUUGCUGAACGACCCCAUGGUGAUCGAGCAGUGCGAGCAUUGGGCGAAAAAGGCCAUCGCCGAAUCGCCCGACGAUGCCCGCUUGCGGAUCGAGCGAAUGAUUCAGGAAGCGUUUUCGCGGCCACCGACCGAGGCGGAGCAAGCGUUGGCGCUACAGUUUCUUGAUUCGCAUGCUAAGACACUAGGCGUCGAUCCGAAUCAGACGCUGACAUCGGUCGCGUGGAGAGAUCGCGUGGAUUGUUGUUCUUCUCAACAGGGCAAGAUGAGUCGUCGGCAGCUGCUUUCCAGCGCCGCGUGCGGUUUCGGUUCGUUGGCACUCAACUGGAUGCUGCAUCGUGACGCGACCGCAAGUGAAGGCUUGGGACUGUUAGGGUCACCCCAUGCUGUUCCGAAAGUGAAGAGUGUCAUCUUCUUGUACAUGGAUGGCGGUCCUUCGCAAGUCGAUACGUUCGAUCCGAAACCGCUGCUGAAGAAGUACGACGGAAAGCCGUUUCCGGCUAAGACCGAGCCGACGCAGUUCAACAAUUUGGGUGGAACGCUGGCGAGCCCCUGGAAGUUUCAAAAGCAUGGGCAAAGUGGGAUCGAAGUCAGCGAGCUGUUUCCGAAUGUGGCCAAACAUGUCGACGACUUGGCCGUGAUACGUUCGAUGACUUCGAAUUUCUCGGAACAUACCAACGCCAACUAUUUCCUGCACACCGGCAGUGGAUUGCAGGGGCGCCCCAGCAUGGGUGCGUGGACGACAUACGGCUUAGGCAGCGAGAACGAUAACCUGCCGGGCUUUGUGGUGCUCAACGGCGGUUUGAUUCCACCUGGCGGGCUCGAUAACUUCAACAGCGGAUUCCUGCCG